GUUUUGUUUUCAGAGCAGAAGAACAACUUAGACUUCGACCCCGAAAGAUCUUUGACUUACACAAGCUUCAGAGAGUCAGAGAGUCACCGAGUUUUGGCCAGUGCCUGUUUACAAAUAUGAUUUCAACGCUCAGGCAUCUUACAAGACGGUCAGGUAUUGCAUACCGGGUGUUCAUAGCACCAGCAUCAAGCAGUCCAGCGCAAGCACAAGAUUCGCUGGAACCGUCUGCUACAGAUUCUAAGACUGAAGUCGCCACAUCUAAACCUUCAACGAAUGUUCCUUUUGCCAAAAACCUCUUUCUUGGAAGAUUUGAUAAAGAUGUGUUGGUUUAUCCUGAAAUAGCAGACAAGGAAGAAUGGGAUGAUCUCAAUCAGAUGCUGCAACCCAUCGAGAGAUUUUUUGAUGAAGGAGUUGAUUCCAGAGCCAUUGAUACAAAUGCCCAAAUCCCUGAAGAAACCAUGCAGCAGUUGAAGGACCUCGGCCUGUUUGGUCAGCAGAUUCCACAGGAAUAUGGUGGACUUGGACUCAAUGCAACCAAAUAUGCUAGAAUAGCUGAGAUAACAUCACAAGAUGGCGGUAUUGCUGUUACACUGGCUGCCCACCAGUCAAUUGGUCUCAAGGGAAUCUUGAUUGCUGGUAGCGAGGAGCAGAAACAGAAGUACCUCCCUCGUCUGGCCACUGGAGAACACGUAGCCGCCUUCUGCCUUACGGAACCCUCCAGUGGCAGUGAUGCAGCGUCCAUCCAGUCCCGUGCUGUUCUGUCUGAUGAUGGCAAAUUGUUUCACCUGACUGGCAGUAAGAUCUGGAUCUCUAAUGGAGGAAUUGCAGACAUCUUUACUGUGUUCGCAAAGACAGAAGUCACAGACAGCCAUGGUGAGAAGACAGACAAAGUGACCGCCUUCAUUGUGGAGAGAGAUUUUGGUGGUGUUACAAGCGGCAAACCUGAAGACAAGCUUGGAAUCCGGGGAUCAAACACAUGUGAAGUUCACUUUGACAACACCCCUGUUCCUGUAGAGAAUGUGUUGGGGGAGGUGGGAGGAGGAUUCAAGAUGGCUAUGAACAUCCUCAACAGCGGCAGAUUCAGCAUGGGCAGCUCCGGAGCUGGGAUACUCAAGAAAGUCAUUGGUUGGACAGCAGAGCAUGCAGCCACCAGGUCCCAGUUUGGCCGGAAGCUGGCAGAGUUUGGACUGAUUCAGGAGAAGUUUGCCAAGAUGGCUGUGACCGUGUAUGCUAUGGAGAGCAUGGCCUACCUGACAGCUGGCACCCUUGACCAGUAUGACAAACCUGACUGUGCUGUGGAAGCUGCAAUGGUGAAGGUGUUCAGCUCCGAGGGGUGUUGGAGCUGUGUCAGCGAGUGUCUGCAGACUCUGGGUGGACUGGGUUACAUGAAGGACUACCCCUACGAGAGGUUCCUCCGUGAUGCCAGGAUUCUCCUCAUAUUCGAGGGCACUAACGAGAUCCUGCGACUGUUUAUUGCCCUGCAAGGAAUUCAGCAUGCUGGCAAGGAGCUGAAAGAGCUGGUCAAGAAACUACGGAACCCGAUGGCUAACCCCGGGCUGGUGUUCUCCACUGCUGUUGGCCGAUUGAAGAGUUCUGACAACCCCAAGCUGUCACUCCGCCUCAGUGAAGAAGUGCAUCCCAGUCUCCAGGAUUCUUCUGCCUUGCUGGAGAGGGGAGUUCUUCGAUUCCAGAAGGCUGUGGAAGGAGUUCUCACCAAACAUGGAAAUAAAGUUAUCCAUGAGCAGAUGGAGCUGAAGCGUCUUGCUGAUGUUGCCAUCGACCUGUACGCCAUGACUGCCUGUAUCGGACGGUCGUCGAGGUCCUACUGUAUAGGUCUCCGCAAUGCCGACCAUGAGCUGAUCCUGGCUAAGACAUUUUGCAAUGAGGCCUACUUGAGGAUAGACGAGAAACUGAAGGAACUAGCAAUGGGUCCAGCGGCAAACAUGGAUACAAACUAUCGCCAGAUCGCAGAGACAAUAUUUAAGAAUGGUGGAUACGCUGCUGAGCACCCACUACAGAGGAACUGGUAGGAAGGGAGACAACUCUUCUUGGAUGCCAUACAAAGUUUUGUUAAUUUGACUAACUUGUAUUCAUAUGUUGGGAACAUUAAGUGAUGUACGUCAAUGUCCAUGACCUAAAAUUGUAUGAAGAGAUCUUCACACUGUGUCAAAGGUAUAAACCUACUUGAGGCAAAGAAUCACUUGGGUGUAAGGCUGGAAUUGAAUCAUACGUAUCAGCAAAUGUCUACAUGAAUUUUAAGGACUUGUCUGACACUGAAGUCCAGAAUUAUUCUGAUCAGUCUGAUAUGCUCUACAGAUAUUUGUUCCUAUAGCAUAAAUAUCUGUGUAUGAUAAUUUAAUUCAAAUUUAAAAGUUUUCAGCCACAGCUCUGAAUACGUUUUUUAUCCUAUUGUAGCAUCAGUGUCAAGAGGAAUGAAAUGUUUUGACCAAAUUAGAGCUACAUUUGAUUCUCGUACUGCAGAUAUAAUUCUCCCAUGGGACUGUUACACUAUGUGUUGGGUGCCAAGUGGGAUGUUUGGCUGUGUUUAAAAAGAUGCUACAUUAAGAUUAACGGUUCAGUUGCAUGAACAAAAUUUACUUGCGUCACUCUUUUUUUCUAUCAUCAUUAAUUUGUCCUUAUAAUGUCAAUCACUCAUCCUUGAUCUAUUACGAAGUAUCUUCAUUAUUAUGGUAUUACACAAAUGAGCUCCCUACCUCCAGACAACCAGAGCAGGACGUGUUCCAGUAUCACAGUACCCCACUGAACAGCAUGGGGUCAGGUUAUGGAAUCUGUGGUCUGAUGAGAUGUCUUACUGUAUCAAUUCAGUAUUUAUUGAGAAUUUUUGAGUGUUUUCUAUCCUGUAUGCACCAAUUUACGUUGGAGACUAUUAAUUCAUCAAAAGUGAAGAAAACCACUUAAUUCUGUCAUGUAACCCCAGUUAAAUUUGUCAUGGCAAAUGUUUCUAAAAUUCUUUUGAGUGGUAUGUGAUAAUGAUAAUAAUGCUUAUCAUAUUUAUUCGAAGUACUGUUAGAGGUUGAUGUGUAUCUUGAGUGGAUGUGUUUACUUAUGGUGCCUAGGUUUUUUCACCUGAUAUCCAAAUAAGGUAAUUUGAUGUUCUGUAUAUUUUCCAUCUGUCUAUGAUUAUAAAAUAGACAUUGUAUUAAUCAGGAAUUCUAUAAAACAUGAUGCCAUGACCAUUUUGUAGAUUCAUACCUUGAACAUAUUGUACAACACGAAUGUAAAUAAAUCAUUGAUAUGUGAAA